AUGGUGCCAUCUACCCAAAUCAUAGAGAUCAGUUCAGGCGAGACUACACCAAACUCUUGGGAUAGAGAUAGUCCACCAAGUGUUCUACCGCAUAUACCAAUGCCGCAUGUAUUUGCACCGGGAGGUGGAGUAUACCCGUACAUGCCAACGGAGGAGAAUCCAACGGACUACGUGUACCCGUUCAUUACCAGUGGCGUAGAAAGCAAUGAUCCAGCCGUUGCAGUUCAAGUCAAUAGUGAAGUCUUCACAAACCAACCUGAAGAACCGGAUACGCCGGAACCAACAUGGGAGGAUUAUCUUGGACACCAGAACGUAUCACCCACGUACUGGACAAGGAAACUCAACGAGAUCGCUGGAUACACAUCAUCAAUGGAGCAUGGAGAAGGAAGCAUACCUCAAGAUCAAGGAGAAGCUAAUGCGAUAUGGUGUACAAUGUAUGGAGAACAAGAUGCACCAAACUCGGUGGCAGGCAAUGAAUAUCAAAUACCGGAUCUUAACCAAACCACGGAGGAAGGUACCGGAGAGACAUCGUUUAGGAAACCCAUGUUUUGGGAAACGAUGUGGUGA